CACCGCCUCGCGCCGUCACCGCGUCGCGCUCGUGGCGUCACCGGCCCUGACGGCGGCGGGAGGGGCCGGGCGGGACCGGGAUCGGGCCCGGGCCGGGAGCGGGCGAGGAGCGGGACCAGGAGCGGGACCGGGACCGCGCCGGGCCGCGGCAGCCCCGGGGCGCCGGCGGGAGCGAUGGCGCCGCGGCUGCAGCUGGAGAAGGCGGCGUGGCGCUGGACCGAGACGGUGCCGCCCGAGGCGGUGGCGCAGGAGCACAUCGAGGCGGCCUAUCGCGUCCGGCUGGAGCCCUGCCAGCGCGGCGCCUGCCGGAGGAACUGCCGGGGGAACCCCAACUGCCUGGUGGGCAUCGGGGAGCACGCGUGGCUGGGCGAGAUCGAUGAGAACAGCUUCCACAACAUCGACGACCCCAACUGCGAGCGCCGCAAGAAGAACGCCUUCGUGGGCCUGACGAACCUCGGCGCCACGUGCUACGUCAACACCUUCCUGCAGAUGUGGUUCCUGAACCUGGAGCUGCGGCAGGCGCUCUACCUGUGCCCCAGCGCCUGCGGGGACGGCGUUCCCAAGGACACAGACUACGAGCCCCAGACCAUCUGUGAGCACCUGCAGUACCUGUUUGCUCUGCUGCAGAACAGCAAGCGGCGCUACAUCGACCCCUCGGGCUUCGUCAAGGCGCUGGGGCUGGACACGGGGCAGCAGCAGGAUGCCCAGGAGUUUUCCAAGCUGUUCAUGUCUCUGCUGGAAGAUACUUUGUCCAAACAGAAAAACCCAGAUGUCCGGAACAUUGUGCAAAAGCAGUUCUGUGGAGAGUAUGCCUAUGUCACGGUCUGCAACCAGUGUGGCAGAGAAUCUAAACUGGUGUCUAAAUUUUACGAGCUGGAGUUAAACAUCCAAGGACACAAGCAGUUGACAGACUGUAUAACAGAAUUCCUCAAGGAGGAAAAAUUAGAAGGGGACAAUCGUUAUUUUUGUGAGACUUGUCAGAGCAAGCAAAACGCCACGAGGAAGAUCCGGCUGCUGAGCCUGCCCUGCACCCUCAACCUGCAGCUCAUGCGCUUUGUGUUUGACAGACAAACUGGCCACAAGAAGAAGCUGAACACCUACAUUGGCUUCUCAGAGCUGCUGGACAUGGAGCCUUUCAUGGAGCAAAAAAACGGGGUGUACGUGUACGAGCUGAGCGCCGUGCUCAUACACCGUGGAGUAAGUGCCUACUCGGGCCACUACAUCGCCCACGUGAAGGACCCGCAGACGGGCGAGUGGUACAAGUUCAACGACGAGGACAUCGAGAAGAUGGAGGGGAAGAAACUGCAGCUGGGAAUUGAGGAAGAUCUAGCAGAGCCAUCGAAAUCCCAGACCCGUAAGCCCAAGUGCGGGAAGGGCACGCACUGCUCCCGCAACGCCUACAUGCUGGUGUACAGGCUGCAGGCCCGCGAGAAAUCCCUCACUGUCCAGGUGCCAGCUUUCCUGCAGGAGCUGGUAGAGCGGGAUAACUGCAAGUUCGAGGAGUGGUGCAACGAAAUGGCCGAGAUGCGCAAACAAAGCGUGGCCAGAGGCAAGAUCAAGCACGAGGAGGUGAAGGAGCUCUACCAAAGGUUACCCGCCGAAGCUGGUUCCCCCUACGACUUCAUCUCUCUGGAAUGGCUGCAGAAGUGGCUGGAUGAGUCCACUCCUCCCAAACCUAUUGAUAACACAGCCUGCCUGUGCUCCCACGGCAAACUCCAUCCUGAUAAAAUAUCCCUGAUGAAGAGGAUAUCGGAAUACGUGGCCGACUUCUUCUACCGGCGAUACGGAGGAGGGCCCCGGCUCAACGUCAAAGCACUUUGCAAGGACUGUGUGGUGGAAAGGUGUCGAAUCCUGCGGCUGAAGAACCAGCUGAACGAGGACUACAAAACCGUGACCAACCUGCUGAAGAUGACAGUCAAGGGGAACGACGGGUUUUGGGUUGGAAAAGCCUCCUUGAGGAGCUGGCGUCAGCUGGCUCUGGAGCAAUUAAAUGAGCAAGAUGAAGAUGCAGAGCACAGUAAUGGAAAAAUGAAUGGAAAUGCACAAAACAAAGAUGAAUCAAAUGAAGAGAAGAGGGAGGAGGAAGAGGAGUUAAAUUUUAAUGAAGACAUCGUUUGCCCACAUGGUGACCUGUGCAUCUCUGAAAACGAGCGGAGGGUGGUUUCCAAGGAAGCCUGGGAGAAACUCAAGCAAUAUUUUCCAAAAGCCCCCGAAUUCCCAAAUAACAAAGAGUGCUGUUCCCAGUGCAAGAUUUUGGAGCGUGAAGGGGAGGAAAAUGAAGCUCUGCAUAAGAUGAUGGCCAGCGAGCAGAAGACUUCUCUCCAGAACCUGUUCCAUGAUAAAUGCAGGCCUUGCCUGGGCAGCUGGCCUCAGGAGACGGAUGAGCUGUAUAUUGUUUCGCAGUUCUUUGUAGAAGAAUGGAGGAAAUUUGUCAGGAGGCCGACGCGCUGCAGCCCCGUGUCCUCCAUAGCAAACAGUGUCCUGCUCUGUCCCCACGGGGGGCUCAUGUUCACCUUUGCUUCCAUGACCAAAGAAGACUCCAAACAUAUAGCUCUGAUAUGGCCCAGCGAGUGGGAGAGGAUCCAAAAACUCUUUGUCGUGGAUCACGUCAUCAAAAUCACCCGGACCCAGGCAGCCGGGGCCGGCCCCGAGAGCGCCCGCUACGCCUCCGAGCCCCAGCUGUGCCCCGAGUGCCGGGAAGGGCUCCUGUGCCAGCAGCAGCGGGACCUGCGCGAGUACACCCAGGCCACCAUCUACAUCCACAAAGUGGUGGACAACAAAAAGGUAAUGAAGGACGCGGCUCCAGAGCUGAACGUGAGCAGCUCGGAAGCUGAAGAGGAAAGGGAGGAAAACAAGCCAGAGGGGGAGCAAGAUCCCGAUUUUAACCAGGCCAACGGUGGCACGAAACGCCAGAAGCUGUCCCACCAGAGCUACAUCACUUACCAAAAACAGGGAAUCAGGAGAAGCACGCGGCACCGGAAGGUCCGGGGGGAGAAAGCGCUGCUUGUGUCAGCCAACCAGACCCUGAAAGAGCUGAAAAUCCAGAUCAUGCACGCCUUCUCCGUGGCCCCCUUCGACCAGAACCUGUCCCUGGACGGGAAGAUCCUGAGCGAUGACACGGCCACGCUGGGCAGCCUGGGAGUCAUCCCCGAGUCUGUCAUCCUGCUCAAGGCCGACGAGCCCAUCGCGGAUUACGCGGCCAUGGACGACGUUAUGCAAGUUUGUAUGCCUGAAGAGGGAUUUAAAGGGACUGGUUUACUUGGCCACUGAUGGUUUUCCAAGAGGAGCAACCAGAAGGGAAGAGGAUUUGUCACAUGGUAGGGCAUUAAAAGAAUAAAAACAGGUGGAUACAGUACUUUUUGACUCUUCCAGAAGGCAAAAAUCCAUCAUGAGACGUUUGCUCCCCAAAAAACAAAACAAAUGCCUUAUGUCAAAGCAGAUUGCACUGAAGGACAUCCUGCUUCAGGACAACGUUCCCGGGUUUAUUUAAUAAAGAACAGGAAGGUUGGGAAGUUGAGCAGCAGUCGGUGCGUGUGGGACACGGGGCAGCCCUGUGUGUCCCCCGGCCCGGCCGCGGAGGGGAGGUGGUGCAGUAGAUCCAGACCCUGCUGAUCCCUCUACAGGAGCUCUUUAGGAUAAUCCUGUCUUUGAUCCGCUCCCACGCUUUCAGUCCAGCAUGGAAGUGCAGGAAUUGCGACUCCGUGAGGAAUCUCUAACGCUUUCAGACAACAAAACUUCAUUUUCUUAACCCAAAAUGGAAGCUGGGAUCUGCCUCCCAAGCCCUGCCAGGGCUGGGAGCCGCCCCCUCUCCGCAUCUUCCGCUGUCACUUCCACGCCUCGGACAAUCCAGUAACCACCUGGGCUCUGGGAACUGUGGGUUUUUUUAGAAAUUUGGGAUAUUUUGAUGACUCUGGAGAACAUUUUCCUCCAGUCUGGCGCUGCUGGGAGUGUUCCUGGCUCAGGGCAGUCGGAGCUGGCGAGGGGGUGCGGGUGGGUGCAGAGUUUCCCAUGGGAAGAGGUUUCUUUACUCCUCUCUCCUCAUUUUUCAGCAAUGCACUAAUUUUUUUUUCCCUUUUUUUAACAUCUCCCAGAAAACUUUUUUCCCCAUUAAUAUUUAGCAGGAAAUAGUAUCCCACUUCCAGACUGAUCCACACUGGGCACUGCCAAGGGAUCUCUUUAUUAGAGAUCCUCUUCCUUUCCAACCUUUUCCUUUGUUUCUGCUGAAAAAUACAAGGCAGAGACCACAUCAGUUUUAUUUUUUCAAGGUUUGCAGGAAUUUGGGCUGCAAGAAGAGGAUGUGGGCCACAAAUUCCAUGCCCAAAACCCUGCUAGUUUUGAUUUCCAGUGUUUUAUUUCCAGUGUUUUAUGCAAAGAAUUCCAGCUGCUCUUUGCCCAGCGCCUUCCUCCCUUGUCCCUGCUGGGUUUGGGGGUGGAGCAGCAGCAUUUGAGGGGCUCUAAAUUUCCUAAAAAGUGAUAUUUUGGGGCAGUUUGAACCCGUGGAUUCUUUCCCAAGGUAUAGACAUGGCAAAUUCCAUGCCAAAGCCACAGGAGGCUUUUCUUCCCAACCUGAAGCACUCGCUUGUGUACAUAUUCCUUGGAAAUUCCAUCUUUUCAAGUUGCUGUUAAUUUUUUUAAUGUUAUAUAUAAAAAAGUCUCUUCCUUGAGCUUACACUGUUGUGGGAAGGAAUCCCGUGGGGUGUCCCAGGGCUGUGGCAGUUCCGGCAGCGCCGGAUCCUACGGAGGACGCAGGUGCAAGGUGUGAGCCAAGGCCCCGUUCCUGGUUUGUCUGUUAUUUGCAAAUAUUACCGGAUUAAAGUUGUCAUUGGAGCUGUG